AUGUCUAUAAAUACAUCCCUCUCUAUCUCUCUCACACUCAUUCACUCUCUCUAUCUCUCUCACACUCAUUCACUCUCUCUAUCUCUCUCACACUCAUUCACUCUCUCUCUCUCUCUCUCUCUCUCUCUCUCUCGGUUAAUGUUAUCACCUCCUCUGUUUUCAUUUUACUUUUCUUUCUUUAUUUUCUUCUCUCCUACUUUCUUUCCUUUUUUCUUUCCGUCUUUUCUUUCUUUCCUUCCUUCCGUCUUUCUUUCCUUCUUUCUUUCCUUCUUUCCUUCCUUCCGUCUUUCUUUCCUUCUUUCUUUCUUUCUUUCAUUCCUUCCAUCUUUCUUUUCUUCAUUCUUUCUUUCUUUCCAUCCAUCCUUCUUUCUUUCCUUCUUUCUUUCUCUCGUUUCUUCUUUCUUUCUUUCCUUCUUUCUUUCCUUCCUUCUUCCCUUCCUUUUUUCUUUCCUUCUUUCUUUCUUUCUUUCUUUCCUUCUUUCUUUCUUUCUUUCUUACCAUCUUUCUUUCUUUCUUUCUUUCUUUCUUUCUAUCUUUCCUUCCUUCCUUCUUUCUUUCCUUCUUUCUUUCCUUCGUUCUUUCGAAGGGGGUCAUGUUAUUAUCUAUCUAUCUAUCUAUCUAUCUAUCUAUCUAUGUUCAUUAUCUAUCUAUCUCUUUCUGUUCAUUAUCUAUCUAUCUAUUUACCUAUCUCCUUCUGUUCAUUAUCUUUCUUUCUUUCAUUCUAUCUAUCUAUCUAUCUAUCUAUCUAUCUAUCCAUCUAUCUAUUCAUCUAUCUAUCUCUGUUCUAUCUAUCUUAUUCUGUUCAUUAUCAUUCAUCUAUCUAUCUAUCUAUCCAACUUAUUCUGUUCAUUAUCUAUCCAUUCAUUAUCUAUCUAUCUAUCUUAUUCUGUUCAUUCUAUCUAUCUAUCUAUCUAUCUAUCUAUCUAUCUAUCUAUCUAUCUCAUCUAUCCAUCUAUCAUCUAUCUAUCUAUCUAUCUUCUGUUCAUUAUCUAUUCUAUUCAUUCAUCUAUCUAUCUAUCUAUCUAUCUUAUUCUGUUCAUUAUCUAUCUAUCUAUCUAUCUAUCUAUCUAUCUAUCUAUCUAUCUAUCUAUCUUCUAUCUUCUGUUCAUUAUCUAUCUAUCAUCUAUCUAUCCAUCUAUCUAUCUAUCUAUCUAUCUAUCUCAGUCUGUUCAUUAUCUAUCUAUCUAUCUAUCUAUCUAUCUAUCUACUUAUUCUGUUCAUUAUCUAUCUAUCUAUCUAUCUAUCUAUUCUGUUCAUUAUCUAUCUAUUAUCUAUCUAUCUAUCUAUCAUAUUCUGUUUAUUAUCUAUUCUAUCUAUCUAUCUAUCUUAUUCUGUUCUUAUCUAUCUAUUAUCUAUCUUAUUCUCAUAUUAUCUAUGAAAAUUUAUCUUAUUCUGUUUUUAUCUAUCUAUCUAUCUAUCUCUCUCUCUCUCUCUCUCUCUCUCUCUCUCUCUCUUAUCUAUCUAUCUUUAUCUAUCCAACUUAUUCUUUUUUAUCCAUCUAUUCCUUGCCCUCUAUUACAAGAGGCCUAUCUAUCUAAUUCUGUUCAUAUACAACAAAUCAUUUUUCAACAUUUCAUCCUAUCUAUCCUUCAUUAUCUAUUGAUCCAUUCUCUUAUCUAUCGUCCGUAUACUGUUCAUUAUCUGUACACGAAGCAAAUCUAUCUAUCUAUCUCCAUCUAUCUAUUAUUCUAUUCGAUUAUCUAUCUAUCUAAGAGAAAAGAAACACGCCCAUUUAUCCUGUUCUUAUCUAAAACGACCCUGCAUUCUAUCUAUAUCUAUCUAGAUGAAAUCUAUCUAUUGUUCAUCAUCUCUUAUCUAUCUAAAUAG